GAAUAUCUCUAACUCCAACAGAGAAGAAGAAAAAAAAAUAAGUGCGUGGAGAGUGAAGAUGUCUGGAGCAGAAGGAGAAGAUGGAAGAAAGAGCACGGAGGAAACUGGUGUAACAGCAGAGGCAGAGAAGAACCUUAAGCUGAAAGAGCGAAAGGUAUCAUGGGCAAAACUAAGACGCAUAGAUUCUCUGAAUUUAGAAGCUGGAAGAGUUUCCAUGGUUGCACACAAUCCUCACAAGAUGGGAUGGAGAAUUACUCUCAGCUUAGCAUUUCAAAGCAUAGGAGUUGUGUAUGGUGAUAUUGGGACAUCACCCCUUUAUGUAUAUGCCAGUACCUUCACCGAUGGAAUCAAGCAUAAUGAUGAUAUUUUGGGUGUUUUGUCUCUUAUCAUCUACACCAUCCUUCUCAUACCUAUGAUCAAAUAUGUCUUCAUCGUACUGUGGGCUAAUGACAAUGGCAACGGUGGGGCCUUUGCACUGUAUUCAUUAAUAUGUAGGCACAUAAAAAUGAGUUUGAUUCCAAAUGAACAACCAGAGGAUAGGGAGCUUUCUAAUUACAAACUAGAAACCCCAUCGACUCAGAUGAAACGGGCUCACAAACUAAAACAGAAACUCGAGGGCAGUAAUGUUGCACGAGUUGUGCUUGUGCUUCUUGCAAUAAUGGGAACUUCCAUGGUUAUAGGAGACGGCAUUCUUACUCCAUCAAUAUCAGUACUUUCAGCUGUAAGUGGGAUCAGUAAAUCAUUAGGUCAAGAUGCUGUUGUGGGAAUCACAAUAGCAAUUUUGAUAGUCCUAUUCUCUGUUCAACGUUUUGGUACUGAUAAAGUGGGAUUCUCAUUUGCUCCAAUUAUUUUGGUGUGGUUUUUGUUCAUCGCUGGAAUUGGUUUUUACAACUUAUUCAAAUAUGACAUUGGAGUAUUACGUGCCUUUUAUCCAAAAUAUAUAUAUGAUUACUUCAAACGUAAUGGAAAGAAUGGAUGGUUAUCACUUGGUGGAGUUUUUUUAUGCAUAACAGGAUCUGAGGCUAUGUUUGCUGACUUGGGUCACUUUAAUGUACGAGCCAUUCAAAUAAGCUUUUCUUUCAUUACAUGUCCAUCAAUCGUGAUUGCAUACAUUGGGCAAGCAGCAUAUUUGAGGAAGUUUCCUGACAAUGUAGCUAAUACUUUCUAUGAUUGCAUUCCAGGUCCCUUAUAUUGGCCAACUUUUGUUGUGGCUGUUGCUGCUGCCAUUAUAGCUAGCCAAGCAAUGAUUACGGGAGCAUUCUCCAUUAUAUCCCAAGCCCUAAGUCUAGGUUGUUUUCCAAGAGUUAGGGUGGUGCACACUUCCAUCAAACAUCAUGGUCAGGUGUAUAUUCCAGAAAUAAACUACAUGUUCAUGAUCGCAUGUAUCGUGGUGUGUGCUGCCUUCAAGACCACAGAAAAGAUUAGUCAUGCAUAUGGGAUUGCGGUUAUUGGUGACAUGAUGAUUUCAACAACUCUGGUUUCGCUAAUAAUGCUUGUUUUAUGGAAAAAGAGUCUAUGGCGUGUGACAUUGUUCUUCUUUGGAUUCGGUUUCAUUGAAUUAGUUUAUUUAACAUCUCAACUGACCAAGUUUACAGGAGGAGGGUAUUUUCCAAUUGUAUCAGCUAUGUUCUUGACGUCGAUUAUGGGAAUUUGGCACUAUGUGCACAAAGAAAGAUACAUGUUUGAGUUAAAAAAUAAGGUAUCAAGUGCAUAUCUGAAUGAAGUGGCGAACAAUCCAGAUGUAAGGCGAGUACCAGGAAUUGGACUUUUGUAUUCUGAGUUGGUGCAAGGCAUUCCUCCUAUAUUCCCACACCUUAUAGCUAACAUUCCAUCUGUCCACUCAAUUCUUGUGUUUGUGUCUAUUAAAGCAAUUCCCGUGAGUAGUGUUGCAUCGGAGGAGAGGUUCUUGUUUCGACAGGUGGAGCCAAGAGAGUACAGAGUUUUUCGUUGUGUUGUGAGGCAUGGUUACAAUGAUGUUCUUGAAGAUCCUGCAAAGUUUGAGUCAGAAUUGAUACAAAAUCUAAAGGCGUUCAUUCAGGAGGAGAACUACCAUAUGGUGGAAGUGGAGGGAAUUGGAAAUGCAAUCGAACAAACAACGGUGGUUGAAAGCAGUGAUAAGAGGGAAGCACAUCGUUCCUCUAGUAGAAUAAUCCCCAAUCAACCAGCAUCAGCCUCAUCUGAUUCCAUUCGAUCAUUGGGGGGGAGUGACACCAAGUCAUAUGCUAACUUCCUUGCCCCACCCAUCCAUGGAGCUGAAGAGGAACUCAAAUUCAUAGAAAAAGCAUCAGAGAAAGGCGUGGUGUACAUGCUGGCAGAAGCAGAGGUUGUGGCUCACCCAAACUCCUCCAUCAUCAAUAAGAUCAUUGUGAAUUAUGUGUACAGUUUCUUCAGAAAGAACUUUAGACAAGGUCAGAGUUCCAUGGCAAUCCCACGGAAUAGACUUCUCAAGAUUGGAAUGACAUACGAAAUAUGACAUAUCUCUUCCACCCAUCCCUAAGCACAAUAAAUAUAAACUUCUCUUUAAUUUUGAUGUUACUAAAGCAUGUUACUUUAA